CUCUGUCAGUUUUGGCAGUUUUGGCCUCUUUGUGAAAUCAACUUUUUUGCCCAGAAUCCUUUUCGGUCUCUUCUCAACCAGGAGGACAACAUGGCUACCCAAAGAAGUUGCAGCAAACUUGCCCGGCUGAUUGGAGCAAGGCAGUUUAGUGUUAGCAGUGCUGUCAGAGGUCAAGUGGUAAAGCCACCACUCCAAAUUUAUGGUGUUGAAGGUCGCUACGCACAUGCCCUUUUUUCUGCUGCCAGCAAAAAGAAUGCAUUAGAUAAGGUUGAAGCAGAUAUAGGCAAAGUCAAGGAUUUAUUGAAAUCAGAACCACUUCUGACUGCAUAUGUAAAUGAUCCUGUUGUAAACAAAAGAGACAAGCAGAAUGUUCUAGAGAAAAUAUUGAAGGAAAGGAAGUUUGACGAGCUUGUAAUAAACUUCUUCAGUUCGUUGGCAGAAAACAGUCGUCUUAAAAAAGCAAAUGGAAUAUUCAAUGCCUUUUCAAAAUUAAUGAGUUCACACAGAGGUGAAGUUCCUUGUGUAAUUACCACAGCAAAGACUGUUGAACCAGGACAAUUGAAGGACUUGACAUCUGCACUUGGUGGCUUUAUCAAAAAAACUGAAUCACUUAAAGUUGAGACAAAGGUUGACCCACAAUUGAUUGGUGGCAUGGUUGUCGAUAUUGGUGAAUUUCACAUUGACAUGUCGAUUGCAAGCAAAGUCAAGAAGAUGACAAACAAUCUGCGUGACGCUUUGUAACUUUCAAAUUAACUUUAGAAGAUAAUGUAUGAAUGUUGAGGUGAGAAUCCAUAUUAGAAGUUAGCUCAUGUUUUGGAUGGAAAAUGGUUUAUGAAGAAGGUUCUUACUUCGA